AUGACUGAUUCACACUCAAUUAAUGUUGAAUCAUCACCUAAGCUUGAAUUAUAUGCUAAACAAACUAAAAAUAUAACCUAUGAAGCUCAACACUCUCCAUCUAGCAUCCAAAAGGCUAUUGCUGAAUUGGUGGGAACAUACAUUCUUAUAUUUGCUGGUUGUGGAGCCGCUCUUGUCAACGAGAGGUUACAAAUCACUGUAGUUGGCAUAGCAAUUGUUUCAGGCUUAGCUCUAACCGUCGCUAUAUAUUCGGUUGGUCACGUCUCUGGUGGUCAUUUCAAUCCUGCUGUCACAAUUUCCUUAGCCGUUGUCCGAAAAAUUCAAUUGAAACUUGUGCCUGUUUAUUUGGUGUGUCAGUUGAUGGGUGCUACAAUGGCCACGCUCACCCUCAAAGUGUUGUAUCAUGAAAAGGUGUCAAUUGGAGUAACAUUGACUCGAUACUCAAAUUCAACUUCUGAUCUUGAGGCAUUGGUGUGGGAAUCCAUAAUCACUUUCAUACUCAUGCUAACUAUUUGUGGUGUUGCCACUGAUCACAGAGGGAGCAAAGAACUUGCUGGAGUUGCAAUAGGCCUUUCAGUUCUGAUUAAUAUUAUCAUUGUCGGGCCUAUAACCGGAGCAUCGAUGAAUCCAGGAAGGAGUUUGGGCCCUGCCAUAGUAUCAGGCAAUUACAAAAAUAUUUGGGUUUAUAUCAUAGGUCCAAUUAUUGGAGCAGUCUUUGCAAGUGUGCUUUAUACUUUCCUAAGAGUUACAAAACCAGCUCAACCAGAACAAUCUCAUGUGUGAAAUCAUAAUCAUUUAACUUUCCCAUCCAUCAACUGAUCAAGAUCUUUGAGGAUCUAUAAUCUGUAACUGGAAACAAAAUUUCUAUGCAGUAGUUCUAGUUCCAUGUGGUUCUAAUUUUCUAAAGCAUAAUAGAUUAAUAGCAGUUAUGAAGUACACAGUGAGGACUAGGAAUACUUUUAUGAAUUGAAGACUAUAAUAAAAUAUGCUUAUUUCCAUAAAUAAUAACUCUAGUCAUAGUUUUUGUU